AAAGACAAAAAGAAAAACAAACAAGGGUUAGGUCUUAUUACCUUGCCAGAGCAGAGACAGGGAAGGAGACGCUGAGAGAGAGAGAGGGGCAAGGAUACGCGGAGAGAGGGAAGGAGACGCUGAGAGAGGGAGAAGGAGACGUUGGGUCAGAGCAGGGCCUGUAUUAUCAAUAUGUCGUCGUCAUUUCUCCCAGCUACUACUGACUCGAUAGCACAGGCUUUAGAAGCUAAAGACCCUUCGGAGUCAAUUUCCAUCCUUUAUUGCAUACUUGAAAACCCUUCAUCUUCAUCAGAAGCCUUACGCAUAAAAGAACAAGCCAUCACAAAUCUUUCGGACCUUCUUAGACAAGAAAAGAAGGCAGAGGAACUGAGAAGCCUUCUGACCCGAUUGAGACCCUUUUUCUCCUUGAUCCCCAAGGCAAAAACCGCAAAAAUUGUGAGGGGAAUAAUCGAUGCAGUUGCAAAGAUACCCGGGACAUCUGAUCUGCAGAUCUCCCUCUGCAAGGAAAUGGUGGAGUGGACCCGUGCAGAGAAGCGUACCUUUCUCAGACAACGAGUGGAGGCAAGACUUGCUGCUCUUCUGAUGGAGAACAAAGAAUACUCUGAAGCUCUAACCCUUCUGUCAAGCCUAAUCAAGGAGGUCAGAAGAUUAGAUGACAAGCUUCUUCUGGUGGACAUCGACUUGUUAGAGAGUAAGCUUCACUUCUCUUUGAGGAAUCUACCAAAGGCCAAAGCUGCACUGACAGCUGCAAGAACUGCUGCGAAUGCAAUUUACGUGCCUCCGGCUCAGCAGGGCACCAUUGAUUUGCAGAGUGGGAUUCUUCAUGCAGAAGAGAAAGACUAUAAGACAGCUUACAGCUACUUCUUCGAAGCGUUCGAAGCAUUCAAUGCGCUUGAGGAUCCACGUGCAGUAUUCAGUCUCAAGUACAUGCUCCUGUGCAAGAUAAUGGUGAAUCAAGCUGAUGACGUUGCUGGGAUAAUCUCUUCCAAAGCAGGUUUGCUCUAUGUGGGACCUGAACUGGAUGCAAUGAAAGCUAUCGCAGAUGCUUACUCGAAACGAUCUCUAAAGUUCUUUGAGAUAGCGCUGCGGGAUUUCAGGGCUCAGUUGGAAGAAGACCCAAUCGUUCACAGGCACCUCUCAUCCUUAUACGAUACCCUCUUGGAGCAGAACCUCUGCAGGUUGAUUGAGCCUUUCUCUAGGGUUGAGAUCGUCCAUGUCGCCGAGCUGAUUGAGCUGCCUGCUGAUCAUGUGGAGAAGAAGUUGUCACAGAUGAUUCUAGACAAGAAGUUCGCUGGCACCUUAGAUCAGGGCGCUGGGUGCCUCAUCAUCUUCGACGAUCCCAAGACAGACGCAAUAUUCCCCGCAACUCUGGACACAAUUUCCAACAUCGGGAAAGUUGUGGACAGCCUUUACAUGAGGUCGGCUCGGAUAAUGGCAUGAGUGGUUUGUAUUUCUUCUUGUAGUGGUAGUAGACCAAAUUGCCAUCUUAGCUGCUCUUGAUUUGUGGUAUGUUUUAUGGUUGAAGAGAUCUAAACUGAACUGCUUCUGCGCUUUAGGUUACAAUGAUGGUGAUGUUUGGCUUUUCUUUUUUUA